AGAGAUUUAUAUGGGACUGUGUCUAUCAAAAUAGGAAGCAGAACAUCAUUCAACUUUAUCAUAGGAGAGAUUACCAUAGGAAGAUGAGAUAGAUGGAAUUUAAGUAGAAUAAAUUAGAUUAAGUGAUGAAGAGAAAGUAUCACUUAAGGAUUUUGAGUUUCUUAAAGUAUGAAUUCAAUAAAUGAGGUACUUGGAAGAGGUGGGUAUGGCAAAGUGGUCUUAGUUAAUCAUAAGUUUUAAUCUAAAUUAUAUGCUAUGAAAAUCAUAAGAAAAGAUCUUAUACAAUAAAUGAAUUCUCGAAUAUAUAUGGAAACAGAGAGAAACAUUUUAGCUUUAGUUAAAUGUCCUUUUAUUGUUAAUUUACAUUAUGCAUUCUAAACAAAAUAAAAAUUAUAUUUUGUGAUUGAUUUUAUGAUUGGAGGUAACUAUUGAUUAUUUCAUAACUUUAAAAGGAGAAUUAUUUUAUCAUUUAAAACGAAUCAGCAAAAUGGAAGAAUCAUGGGCUAAAUUCUAUUGUGCUGAAAUUAUAUUGGCAAUAGAAUAUCUACAUAGUCAAAAUAUUAUCUAUAGAGAUUUAAAACCAGAGAAUAUUUUACUUGAUUAAGAUGGACAUAUCAAAAUUACUGAUUUUGGUUUAUGUAAAGUAGAUAUAAAGGAAGGAGAUUUUACUACUACUAUUUGUGGUACAUAUGAUUAUAUGGCUCCAGAAAUAUACUUAAAAAAAGUAAGUUCAUAUAUUUAUAUUUCUUUAAGGGUCACAAUUAAACUGCAGAUUGGUAUUCUUUAGGAAUAUUGUUAUAUGUUAUGUUAUAAGGAAUACCACCAUUCUAUUCAUAAAAUAAAAGAUAAAUGAUUCGUAAUAGAUUAGAAAAAUAAAUUGAAAUCAAAACUCCCAUUUCAGAAGAAGCUACAGAUCUUAUUAAAUAAUUACUUAAAAAUAAUGUAAAUAUUUAUUAUCUAUUAUAUUUCUAAGCCAAAAGAUAGACUUGGAUCAGAUGGAUCUAAUGAAAUCAAAUUGCAUCCAUUCUUUAAUGGUAUCGAUUGGAAUGAAUUUAUGGAUAAAAAAGUGGCACCGCCUUUCAAACCUAAGUUGUUUGGAGAUAGAGAUCUUAGAAAUUUUGACACUGUAUUCAUAUUAUAUAUAUUGUAAUAGACAUUUACACAAGAAGUAGUAUAAGACACUCCUAUGAAAUCUAUGGCUCAAGAAGACAAUUAUGAUAAGUUUUCUUAUUAAGAACCACAAAUGUUUGUCACUAUGAAUGAAGGUUUCUCACUUAAUAAAUGA